AUGCCUGAUGAUGAUGGGGUUAGUUCUGCAUUGAGAAGCGUUACGGAAUGGCUCAACAACAGCUCAUGUACUCCUCCGAAAUCCGGCAGUAGCACGACUUCCAGUCGAAGUCGCAGCCCAGUGAAACGGAAAGCAGACUUUGAUAUAAUGUACCCCCGAAUCAUGUUCAAUGAGGACAAAAGGACGUUCACGGACGAUGAUUGGGAACUCCCUGACAGAAUAAGGAAGGCUGCAGUAAAUAUACCCAAGGAGAUGCGCGAGGAUUUGGAAAGACAUCCUGUUGCCAGACGGAACUUGGAUCAAGUUACGUGGCAAGAGGAUCAUCGCCGUUCGCUUUCCGAGAUCCGAGACUUCUGGAUAAAGGUCCAGAGCAUUGAAGAAGCGGCAACUAUAUGUUCGAAAGAGGGUCGGUCGGAGGACUGUUGGAGUGAUGAUGUUGUCCUCGAAAUCAUUAGACUGGCUCUCAGCUGGUCGGGCUUGAGAAACAAAGUGAUGUUGGCAAAUCUCAAAUCCGUCGGUGUGGACCAGCCAGCCCUUCUCCCUGUGCGUAAUCUCCACCGCGUCAUCUCCAACAAGAUUGACUAUGGUUUGUGUCUGCAACCUGAUGCUGAGGAGGAAGUUAUGAUCGAGAACGUCCUUCGGAAUAUGAGCGACGAAUUGCCUAGCAUCAGUCAGUCAGCGGUUCCAAUGCUUCGCAAACGAGCCCUCUUCUGCAACCUGGAAAUCAAAAAGCCCUAUGGAAACAAAGAUCCAGUACCGCAACUUGGGGUGUGGUCGAUAGCAGGAUUGACAAAAUUGUCGAACCUGGUGCGAGAGUCCCACAAGAAGAUCGGAGAAACUGUGAUGCUCGAGGAUCCGGAAGUGCCUGUACUUCCGAGCUGGAGCGUGGAAGGCCACCGGUGGCAAUUCUACCUUGGAAGGAGAUGCUCAUCUGCGGAAACAGUAAGUUGUCUACUCGACUUUAACCCAGAGCUGACUCUCCUAGGUCAUUCAAGGACCUUUUUGGAAUUACGAUACCAGUUCUGUUGUCGACAUUAUAUUUAUUGUGAAUACCUUGUGCGAAAUCCUUCGCUGGGGUAA